AUGUCAUCCAAAGACAACAAUACUGAUAAUAAUCUCGCGUCUAACGACUUGCAACAGUCCGCAAACCGAGAAGAAAGUUUUGACCCAAAUCAUCCGACUCAAGAACCUUUUACCGCGCCUGGCGUUGACGGAUCUUCGAAUGCGACUGCGAAUUCAAUGACAUCAACCACCAACGGUAAUGCGACAGUUUCAUUAACAACAGCAACAACGUCGUUGUCCAAUAAUCAAUCGUCACCACCAACCUCUUCGACAUCUUCACAUAGCAAUGCACAUAAUUGGAAAUAUCCAUCAACUACUAUUUAUUUAGGUUCCACUGACAUAACAACACAAAUACGUGCUACACUUUAA